UAUCCAACAUGGAAGCUAUUCCUUGGUAGCUCUGGUGCCCUCUGCCCAUAGACUUAAUACUGACUCUUCCUCUCCUUUUUUUCCCCUUCCCAUCCCCCACUCGGUUUGAAUGCCGAUGUCACCAGCAGCUCCGUUUACGGAGCCGAAAGUGCAGAAGCAAAAGCGCAGGAAAUCCGUUCGUGUAACAAAAGCGCUGGCGGCCUGUGAGACACUCUAAGGCUCUGAGAGACAAACACCGACCUUCAGCUCCCUCUCGAUUUGCACUCGCUUUUCCGCUCCACCUACAUUUGCCCGAUCAGAACAUGGCAAGCGGGCAUCCCAUUGACUCAUUUGCUUUCAUGUACAGACCCGAAAGCUCUCAGAACUCAAAGAGUAAGCUUCGACCGUCUUCAGGCAUGAACCCUGUUUAUAGUCCAGUGCAGCCGGGCACGGCGUACGGAAACCCCAAGACCAUGACAUACCCAGGCUAUCCUGCAGGUUAUUCCACCACAGCUCCAGCAUACACACCUAAUAUCUACCAGACAGGCACUCCGGGCUACCCUCCAGGAUAUACGACAGGAACUCCCUACAAGGUGCCCCCGGCACAGACGAACGGAGCCCCUCCACCGUACUCGGCGUCCCCGAGCCCCUACUCCACAGCCAUGUACCCCAUCAGAAGUGCCUACCCUCAACAAAACCUCUAUGCUCAGGGCGCGUAUUAUUCCCAGCCGGUGUUUGCGCAGCCGCACGUAAUCCAUCACACCACUGUGGUGCAGCCCAACAGCCUGCCGUCUGCCAUCUACCCAGCGCAGGUGAGCGCUGCCCGGCCUAACAGCGUACCUGUGGGCAUGCUGAGCGGCUCCACCAUGGCCAUGUCUGCAGGACCUCUGCUCACCACACCACAGCACACACAACACAUCGGCACUCACCCGGUCACCGUGCCGACGUACAGGCCGCAGGGGUACAGCUAUGUACCUCCGCACUGGUAGAGCUGCCAGCCAACUGCAUAUCUGGAGUUCACAUUGUUCACAUUUCCAGUCUUCGUGGACACAGCCUCCAGCACCGGGCCACCGAGUCCUUCUGCGAGUACAAAUACUGAACGAGCAACGGUCACUUUAUGUGUUCUUGGCGAUUUCGUUACAGCUGCUCACUUGAUCGAAAUUUGUUCAGUUUUUGUGUUACGUUAGAAAUCCCUGACCAACACCUACCAGCAGUUUAAAACACAAACGGAAAAUUCACUACACCGAGCAGCAGCGAACGUUUUGCUGCUCUUAACACUGGGUCCUGUGCUACACUAGAACUUUCUCUAACAGUUUGAAUGUACACAUUUUGCAUAUUACACUAUAAAACAUUUAGGUUUGAGUUCAGGGUUCUAUACUUUCUCCCACCCCCACCCCCUCCCCCCAUUUCGGCUCGUGAAAAGGGUCAAUUCUUUGUCAGAAUUUGCCUUUGAGAAAAGCUGGACAUCGUCCAUCUCCCAGCGGGUAACUAGGGUCUUCCUGCUUAUGCUACUUUGCAGAAUGUGGGGUCUCGUAGUGAAUCCUUUUUCAUCUGGUAGAUGGUACUGUCAUUCUAGUAGAUACACAAAUCUUAGGAAACAUUUCAGCGGUUUAACCAGCCGUAGAGGAAAUUGAAGUGGUUUAGCCUGCUUUAGAGUGUUGUUCAAUCAGUUCAACAGAUUUUAGUGAAAGAUUUCAGAAGCGACACUCUAGUUGGCAACAUCUGAAUUUAAGAGGACGUUUAAGUGGGUUAACCGGCUUUUAGGUGGCCUAUUAACCAGAUUUAUUGGACACUUUCUUAAGGGAAGCCAGGUUUACUGAAGUGGGUUUAAUAGACACUUAAAAAGCUUAAACGCUUAUUUCGUUGGACGAGUUUUAAUGCUCACUUCAGUUAACUAACCAACUAUUAGAGGACAUUUUAACAUGUGAAUCGUCUUAAGUGGACACUUUAAGUGCGUUAGCCGGUUUAAUUCUGAUAAUUAACCAUAUUUAAGGUGACAUGUUCAUGGCCAUUAUCUAAAAUGACAAUUGAAAUGGGUUAGCCAGUUUUAUUUAGUAUUUUAGUUAGCUAGCUAGAUUUAUAGACACCUUUUAAUUGGCUCAUCAUCGUUACCGGGCAUUUCAAACGGGUUAGUCGAUAUUUCAGGAGGUCAUCUGGCUUUAGUGGACAUUUUGGUGGGUUAACCGGCUUCUCUGGACAUUUCAAGGGGAGGGCUGAGGGUAAAACUUUUUUAGUGGACAUUUCAUUCACCCAGCUUUAGUGCACAUGUUGAGUUUUCAUGGACAUGUCUGUAGGUUAUCCGCCAUCUUAUCUCACGAAGCUGUGAAACAAUGUUGAUAUAUUAUUCAUGCAGUAUGUAAAACGUGAACAAAAUUGAGCAAAAGGCCUGCUGUAUUAGGCUUUACAUGCACAUGCUUAUUGAAUAUACACUCAGUCAUGUGCGUAUGCAGAAACCGUAGAAGAGAACCAAUAAGGCAAGAGCAAUGCAACUGGUGGCUUUAUUAGGAGGCUUUGAGAUGUAAUGAAGUGUGAAAAGGAAGGUCUGAGGCCCUGCUCAUUUGAACUUUACACCAAUUUCUACUCAGACCACACCGUUAAACUUGUCGGGCUCUAAAAGACUUGUUUGGAUUUGGUUUUAUUCUGUACGUGCUUAGAUUGUCUGAUCGAAGCAAACAGAACUAGUGUAUGAUUUCUGGCACUUUGUGUACCAAAUCACGCUAAAAUCAGACCAAAUUAAAGCACCGGCUUUGGACGCUGCGAUUCCGAGUGUGGUUAGCAAUAAAGUUCAGACAUCCGCAUGGUUUUCAUGCUCCUGUGUGAUGGACUUGUUACUAGGCAGCUCAGAGGGAAGCAAAAAACACUCUCCCUGCUUUUUGCUAUUGUUUGUAAAACACCCUUGACAUGUUUCUCUUUACUAAAACGCACAAGUGGUCACUUGCAGCGCAAGGCAAAGACACGACCUUAGGAGCUAAACAAAUCUACUUCAGCAUAUCACAGCUACUUAUCGUGCUAAUUAAGAUGCUGAAUAAUGACCCAGUGUUAUGGAAUAGGUAGCUACAUAUAACCAGAUUCCUUUAUUUGAAACAAUUGAAUGAUGUCAAGUUGCAAUGCAUUGUGGGUGGGUAAGUUCUGCAUUUCUACAAUGUACAGCGAUCGAGGGUGUGUUAAAAAACAGUCGUAAAGCAGGAGGUGGGUUUCUGCAUCUCCCUACAUCUCUCCAUCUCUCUCUCUUCAUGCAUGCUUAGUUGUCUUAGAUUUGGAGCAGGCCAUAGUCUCGAAGUAGCGCUAAAAGGCGGAAAUAAGUCUGUGUUUGAUCAUGCAUUAGGUUCUCAUGUGUGGGAAUAAAAGAAUAGCUAGUCUAAGCAAGAUUUCAUUGCUCAAGGAACUCAUAACGAACGUAUAUAACAUUCAGUAAGGAAUAUUGCACUCUUCAAAAGUAAUAAUCUAUGCUUGUAGUCGGUACAGUACUUAAUCUUAAAUAAACAGCGCAUUUAUUGUACAUUUCAAUUGUGGUACUCUAGUCUUCCAGAGGAAAAAAAAAUACACUGAAGAGAUCCAUGCAAAAUAUAUAUCAUUGCAGUAUUCUUCCAUAUUUUAACCACUUUAUUAAAAAAAUUACAAAAAAAAGUAUGUGUUUUAUUAAAAAGAGACAAAAUGGAAUUUGCAGGCUGUCUUUCAAAUGGUCACGCUAGUCUAGAGUUGUGUGUUUGUCUAGGGGAGAUCGUCGCCCUGGGUUGUGCCGUGUUGGUCCGUGCGUAUGGUGAGAUUUGCAGCAUCCUCUGUGUCCUCGUAAUUGUCGGUUUUAUGCAGUUAAACAUCAUAAAAUAACCCAAAUUAUAUAUUUGACAGCAGAAGCAUGCUCUUUAGGCUUUCAUAGGCGUUUGGCUUAAAAUCUUGAAAGUACAGAGUCUUUCAAAGUGAAGGCUGUUUUCUUUCGUCUCUAAGGGCGACUUCGCGUUCCGAAUGUUCACAUCGCAGCCAAUCAGGAUGCACCGUAUUGUUUUUGUAUUUUUCUCGGGAUACAAGUUGUCAAUGAGACGGUUUCUAUGAAGCUUGUAUUAAUAACGUGUUCAGAAUGUUUUUUUUUUUUUUGCUCUUUGGCUAACGUAAAUGUCAUUAUUCAUCUUUAAGUAACUGUGUUUGAAGAAUUUUAGCAGGAGAACAGCUAGAAAAAAAAAGCUUUUGGCUAGGAGCUUAUGAGGCUGAGACUACGGCGUAGGAUUAAGGUGAUUAAUGGCAUUUCUGUUAUGUUAAUAACUUAAUAAUAAUUUUGUUAUUACUAUAACGGGCAUGAGCGUUAUGAAUUCAGCUUCGUAGAAAAGUGUACUUUUCUUCGCUGCAUUACAUUUUGGUGAUGGUUCAUUGUAGCGCUUCAUCUCGACGCCGUUCCGCACGACUUCCACAAACGGAACAAAUACAAAUAAUAAUUAUAAACGAAAUCACGUGUACGCAGCUAAACAUUUGAAGCUAUGCACUGGUAUUUGUGACUGACACCAUAGUAAAACCCUCCACGUAACACUUUUUCCACACAUGGCUCAUUGAUCCUGUAGCGAAACGCAAGCAGCAAUGCAUGGGCGCUAGGAACAGACCUGUGAACAGUGACAAGCGCGAAGUAUGCGAUGUACAUAUCCGAAUAUUAUACAGAGAAUAAGUAUUUUGAGUAUUUGAGCACUAGAAUGUAUUUUCAAAUACAUGUAUUUUCUCAAAGACUUAAGUACUUAGGUAUUUUUUUCCCACCCAGGUCUGUUGUAAAGAGUGUGAUCAUUUUCCAUUCCUCGUUUCAACUUUAUUUUUCUUUACAUAUUAAGUCUUAACGUUUCUCUUUUUGUUUACUUGUAAGUUCAGUGUGAUGGCAGCACAACAGUUUUUAAAAAAAAAAUCUACAUACCUUACAUUCCGCUUUGCUUCAACACUACAAAACACUUCAGGGUUCUUUUAUUUUGUCUUUAUCUUGGGAAACUGCUAGUAUCAUUUUAAAGUAGACUUGCUCAGAGGGACACCCUCAGGCUGGGUAGUCCAUCGAAAUCCGUGUCGAAAUACAAAUGAGAAAUUCUCAGAUUCUGCUGGCAAAAUUUUUCAAAGUUUAAAAAUAAUGAUAAAAAAAUUGGUAACGUUUAGGUGUUUAUUCCCGAAUAGAUACGUCACCUCAUAACUACAGUAUAAGAUACCACUUCUUGAGCUGGUUAGCUUUUAUUUUCUUUAGGUAACAUUAUUUAAGGAGCAUUACUGGUCCAUAAGGACCACCAUUGUACCUUUUGAAUGUACAUAUACAUUAAACACAAAAGCGUCCGUUUGUCCUUGUACAACGACAGGAACAAUUGCAUCCUGUUUUUAAAAGAAAAUCCCCCCCCCCCCAACUCUAUGCUCUGUAAAAGGAGCAGUUUUUAACUGUAACCCAUAUGUUGAUAAAUUAAGGGGUAAAAGUCAUUUGAAUUGUUUUUGACAGUAAGUCUUGUGGUUGGUUAUUUUGGUUAUUGUUAGCCUUCACUUUUCCUGCAUAUGUAAUUUGGGCAAGGGCAAUGAAUCAACAUCAAAAUAUUUUCUUUUCCCAAAAAGUGUAUGGCAAUAUUAAUGCAGCCCAUUUGUAAAAUGACCAGGUGCACUUGAGAAACAUCCUUGGCUGUAUGACAUAAACAGGUACAUAUUAUGGUUUGUGAGUAAUAAGUCAUCUAAACGAGUAGUACCGAAUAGUGGCAUACAUUUUGCCCUAGAGAAUAUUUUCCACCCCUCGUGUCCACCUGAGUUUCGCAGAUCUUGUACAAGCACUUCAUUACGGAUACCGAUCGAAGAUAUAAACAUGGGCUGACGCAUCGUCUUCCGAAAAAUGUAGUUUUCAUUACGAGUUUUGGUUUCAUGGAGCUUUGGUUUAAAAACCAAUAAUCAGCAUACUUCAGUUUUUCUCAGCGCUUUUCUGUCUUUUACAUACGUUGCAAUAGGUAUUCACAUCAGGUUUGUGUAAAUGAAGUCCGAUUCUGUUGUUUUAUGUUGUAAUGAGGAUCUGUUUGCUGAUCUUGGUGAAUCAAAAACCAGGGUUGUAAUUGUAUUAUAUUUGCUGUACAUGUAAAAUGUAGACCAUUCAAUAACUAUUAAACUCUUUCAAAAACAAAAA